UUCGUUUUGUUGUCAUCAGCCACAUUUACACUAAGUUGUUUUUACCAAGUUUUUAGUGGAACGUUUUAAUUUUCUAUUCUUCCACUUAGCUUCGAUUCAACGACAGAAGAUGCGAAGGAUGGUGCGUACCGUUUACACGAAAUUACCUGGCGAAUAGCACCAGUGACAGUUGCCGUUGUGUGCUACACUCGACGCUCAGGUAACAACAUAUAUUAAAUGGUGAUUACCAGUGCCAUGGAGAGAAGAAUCAAAUUGAAAACAUUGAAUAGUCACAUAACGUGCAAGAUAUGCAGAGGCUAUUUGAUAGAUGCCACCACUGUUACCGAAUGCUUACACACAUUUUGCAAAAGCUGCCUAGUGAAACAUUUGGAGGAGAAACAUACCUGUCCGACAUGCCAAAUAGUGAUACAUCAGUCGCACCCCCUUCAGUACAUAAGCUUCGACAGAACUAUGCAAGAUAUCGUAUACAAAUUAGUUCCUGAUCUACAAGAGAAUGAAAUUAAAAGGGAAAGGGAAUUUUACAGAGCACGAGGUUUACCUUGUCCAAAGGAUGUUCUACCAAAUGCCGGGGAAGUCGAAGAAGAAAAAUCAGGAGCAGAUACGCAUGCAGAAUCCGACUACCAUCGUGCAGACGAACAGGUUAACGUCUGUUUGGAGUGUGUAAAUACAAAUUUAAAGACUUUGAAAAGAAGAUUCAUUAGGUGCUCUGCCCAAGCGACUAUUACGCAUUUGAAAAAGUUUAUUGCCAAGAAAGUCCUAAACGGGAUGGAAAAAUAUCGAGAUAUUGAUAUUUUGUGCAAUGACGAACUCUUAGGUAAGGACCAUACGUUAAAAUUUGUUUAUGUAACAAGAUGGAGGUUCCGGGACCCACCUUUGAGGCUACAAUAUAGACCACGAAUAGACAUUUAAGACUAAUAUUUCUAUGUUCGAUACGCGAUGAAAAAUCACAAAGAAAUCUGUACCUACUUUAUAUGUUUCCUAGUUCUAUUCGUGUAUUGCCCGUUGUAGUACUUAUUCCUGUGUUCGCAGCAAGAAUUUGAAAUUGAAUUUCGAAUCGGAGAAUCUUCUCGCGAAAAGAAAAAAAGGAGGGGGAAAUGGCUUUAGACUUACAUCUUUCUACCGAAUCAUCUUAACCGGAAUACCAAUAGUCAUUAGCACAACGUACGUGUAAAAAUAGGGAUUCCAUCAUUUAUACGCUCGAUUAACUUUUUAUUCCGUUCGUAGUUAGGGUUUCGAAUCGUUUUGCAUACCGUUUCACGUGGGUUACAUUAACUCGACACUUCGAAUUCGGUGCGUUACUUUUAACGAUUAUAGAUUUGUGUAAUGUGUAGCGUAUAAGUAGACCAAGAACGCGACGCGACACGAGAAAAGGACAUUUCCAUCUCACUAGUGUCGCGGAGCGUGUUUAAUAAACAUUUUAGUUGCAACGUUGCAUCUCGUCACAGCGACGUGGCAUAACAUUGCGUGUUCUUAACAUCUAGUUUGAGUAAAUAUUUCAAGCAUUCUUUGUUCCGAAACACGAGAAUGCCGGCUAGUGUCUUUCAUGGAUGAAGGUUUAUUACUUUUACGGUAAUCGAAAACGGAACAAAGUCGCCCUUCUCUUCGUAAUCCUAAGACGUGAAUUGUUUUGAUACGUACCCUGAUUGUAUAUAGAAUAUUUUUGACAGAAUUCUGAUAACAUUGCGCAUAGACGCGGCUUUGUAUUAGACGAAUGAGGAAAAAAAGAAAGAAAGAAAGAAAGAGAAUACCGGGCCUAGGCGCGUGGAUCUAGGCCUCUUUAACUUUGUAUGUUUACGCACUGUACACAUUCUAAUUCGGCCCCGAAUUUCACUCAAUACCGGGCUACAAAAGAAUUUUAUCAGAUGUGACAUAUUUUCUCGAUGGAUUUGAUAAGAACAACGACGUGUUGAGCGGAACGCGGGGCAUUUAUCGCUUUGUAGUAAAUGAACUUGUUUCAUCGGACAGUGUAAAGCGAAAAAAAAAAACAACCGUGUGAUUGUAUAUAAAUAUUCUAGGGAAAUGAAAUGAAAUCAACUUUACAAAGUAGCAGCAUUUCAUGAAUGCUAGGGCUUGUACGUUGUACACUAUGUGUGUAUCUCCAUAAAUUAUUAAAUAAAUAUGUUUUGUACAGUA